CUUCCUUCAAAGCGCCCUCUCCUACUGCUUUUCAACUUGGGCGACGCCAGACGCGUCAAGACCAUUCGUUGGAUAAAGAGUAUGUUUGGUGCGUAACACCCUCAACAAUCCUCGAGCAUGCAGAGCAUAAAGUGUGUGGUGGUGGGCGACGGCGCGGUGGGCAAGACCUGCCUGCUCAUCUCCUACACCACCAACGCCUUCCCCAGCGAGUACAUCCCCACCGUCUUCGACAACUACAGCUCCCAGGUCACGGUGGACAGCCGGACCAUCAGCCUGAACCUGUGGGACACGGCGGGCCAGGAGGAGUACGACCGCCUGCGCACCCUCUCCUACCCACAGACCAACGUCUUCAUCAUCUGCUUCUCCAUCGCCAGCCCACCCUCCUACGAGAACGUCAAGCACAAGUGGCACCCAGAGGUCACGCACCACUGCCCCAACACGCCCAUUCUGCUUGUCGGUACCAAGAAGGAUCUGAGGAACGACCCGGAGAUCCAGAAGAAGCUGAAGGAGCAGAACCAGACCACCGUUAGCCAGCAGCAGGGCCAGGCGCUGGCCAGGCAGAUCCAAGCCAUCAAGUACCUGGAGUGCUCGGCCCUCAACCAAGACGGCAUUAAGGAGGUGUUUGCCGACGCGGUGAGGGCCUUUCUCAACCCCACAAAGGCCACCUCCCAAAAACCUCAUUGUGUGUUGCUGUAGAGGAGGCCAAAGAGCUGACGUGACUCUCGCACAGCACAGCUGGGGUGCUUUUCUCGAAAGCGUAGUUGUUAGCCAGUUAGCAACUUGGGUAGUUGCCAAUGGGAAAUUGCAUUGCAAACAACAAAGUAGCAAACAUAGUUAGCAACUACGGUUUUGAGAAAUGCACCCCUUAGUUGUUAGGAGGAGCUUGGAGGAACAACAGUCAUCUGGCGAGAGGCAGGUUACCCAGGAGCCUUCCUGAAACACAAGAAUGUACAAAAGGAAAGGGGAAAAACUGUUUGGUGUUACUUAAUGUAAAGCUGAAGCCUACUUAAGUCAUUUUGUAACAGUCUUAUGGUGAUCCAAUUGGUGCGAUCUUUUUUCUUUUUUUUUGCUAAACAAAUUCAUGUGGAAGAACUGGAAUUUGAUCAGAAUAACUAAGCCAUUUCAGUUUCAGUACUUUCAUUUUUAUUUCAUCGUAUGCAUUUUGUUAAUGUAUUAAUUUAAAAAAAGAAACUCAGCUGUGAAUCCUAUCUAACUUACUGAGACGUGAUUGUGCUUCUAUACAUGUGAAGUUGUGGCGAGUGUUUUUGACAAAGGCCAAUCCAGCCAAACCAAUAACAGACGUUUUAUGAAGAAAAAAGUUGAGCAUGUAAUGUUUUCUUUGAACGAUCACUGUUUGCACAGUAAAAAAGGCAAUGUUAAUUCAACACUUAGAGAGCACUCUGCGACCAAAGACAAUCUAAAUGUUAAAUCCACUCUCUAAGUCAGGAAUGUCAAACUCAGGUCCAGGGGCCAAAUUUGGCCUGCGGAGCCAUUUUAUUUGGCCUGCGAAAUAAUUUCAAAUGUGUAUUACAGUUGACCCACAUACACCAUUAAUAUAAAAUGUGACUUGAAGGCAAAAUUUUGCGCAUCACAAGAAUAAUGAGUGGGUCGAUUCUAGUGCACAUAGCCUAUUUGCUCAUAGAAGUAUACAAUAGUAUAACUACAUAUGAUGGGAAUGUGUUAUUUGCCUAUAGCUUUCAGUAUUACGGAUGUGUAUUGUAUGCACAAUUUCAGUGCAUUUUUGGAAAAAUAUUGAAUUUGGCCCGUGACUUUGUCCCAGAUUUUGAUUUUGGCCGGCUGUGAAUUUGAGUUUGACACCCCUGCUCUAAGCGUUGAAUUAACACUGCAUUUUUUUUUACUGUGUAAAGGAAUCACAGGCCAUUAACAACAAGUGACUGCCCCUCUAGGUCAUUACACUUGUUACGAGUUGUUGCUAUGUACUGUAUGUCUCAAUGCAGUCCCUUAUCCAUCCAACUUUUAUCUGGACCUCGCAGUCCCAUAGACGAAAUAUACAGUGUAAAUGAAGUUUGGCUUGGCAAAGAUCCCAUAGGCAGAGAGUUCUCACAAGCAGGAUCAACAGGCGUCUGGUCUACUGUAUUUCAUGCAGUAUACUGCCAUGGUGCAGAGGCCCAAUACAGACCGCUUAUCGACUUGAAUGCAUAGAGUUAUUUUGUCAUUGAUGCCUGAUUUCUUGGGCAUAUAAACCACUGAGGAUAGUCAGGUUGGACAGACUGACAUAAAUACUACGUGACAUCAUAAGCAGUAUGGCUGGAGAAGGUAAUCUGGAUCUUUAACACAUUAUGAAAUCAAUAAUUAGUUGAUAUGCUCAUUCAAAGUCAAAGUGUGAGUCAGAAACAAAACGUAAUCGUAGGAAUUAUGAAAUUGCUUUCGAUAAUAGUAAUUGCGUUUAAGAGAUAAGAUAGUGAUGAUGAUGCCAAUGAGGAUGAGGAUGUUGCCAUCUUACAAAACAAACAUUUGAGCACUUUCAGCACAAUUCAUGUUUUCAUUUGAGUGUACCAGGGCUUGACACUGGCACCUGCCAACCGGCCAAAUGCUGGUAAAACUUGGCUGUGGCUAGUAACAAUUACAGUGCCACUAGCCAAUUUGGCAGGUACUUAUUCAAUGGUAUGAUUGGCAUAUCAGAAUAGCAUAUAUUCUGCAUUUUACGCCUUGUGUAUCAAUUUUUUCUAUUUCAGUUCAAGA